CCAGCACCCAGCACCCAGCGGCCAGCAGCCGGGCAGCCUGCACCGGAGCGGGCCUCGCUGCCCACAUUCCUGCGCGGCCAUGUCGGUGCUGGAGGAGGGCCGGCCCUUUGCCCAGCAGCUGUCCAACGUCUACUUCACCAUCCUGUCCCUGUUCUGCUUCAAGCUCUUCGUGAAGAUCAGCCUGGCCAUCCUCAGCCACUUCUACAUCGUCAAGGGCAACCGCAAGGAGGCGGCGCGCAUCGCGGCCGAGUUCUACGGCGCCGCCCCGGGCCCAGGUUCCUGGGCAGACCGCUCACCUCUCCACGAAGCAGCGAGCCAAGGCCGCCUCCUGGCUCUGCAGACACUCCUCUCACAGGGUUAUAACGUAAACGCGGUCACCAUAGACCAUGUCACCCCACUGCACGAAGCCUGCCUCGGCGAUCACGUGGCCUGUGCCCGGACUCUUCUGGAAGCUGGAGCGAAUGUCAAUGCAAUCACAAUAGAUGGCGUGACGCCGCUAUUCAACGCCUGCUCGCAGGGCAGCCCGUGCUGUGCGGAACUCCUGCUGGAGUACGGAGCCAAGCCGCAGCUGGAGUCCUGCCUGCCUUCCCCCACACACGAGGCCGCCAGCAAAGGCCACCAUGAAUGUCUGCAGAUCCUGAUAUCCUGGGGCAUCGAUGUGGACCAAGACAUUCCUCACUUGGGAACGCCGCUGUAUGUCGCUUGCAUGUCACAGCAAUUCCACUGCAUCCGGAAGCUUCUUUACGCGGGCGCUGACGUGCAGAAAGGCAAAUACUGGGACACGCCGCUCCACGCUGCUGCCCAGCAGUCCAACACGGAGAUUGUCCACCUGCUGCUGGAAUUCGGGGCGGAUAUCAACGCCAAGAACACGGAGCUGCUGCGGCCGGUGGACGUGGCCACGUCGAGCAGCCUGGUGGAGAGAAUGCUGCUUCAGCACGAAGCCACGCCCAGCUCCCUCUGCCAGCUGUGCCGCCUCUGCAUCAGACGCCGCGUCGGGCGGCCGCGCUUGCACCUCAUCCCGCAGCUCCAGCUGCCCACGCUGCUGCAGAACUUCCUCCAGUACCGAUAGAGUAAAACCCGCCUCCGUGCCCAGCCAACCCAAGUGCUCCUUCCUCCGCACAGUGCAUAUUUCAUGUUAAAAUGUGCUCAUGAGGGGGGAGGAGUGGGUAGGGCCCCCCCAGGGGAGCAGGGAAAUAUCGAUUUCACCUUUAAGGCUACCAGAGGGCACUGUUGUUUUAGGUAGGCGUUGUUAUUGUUUUUGGGCAUAGUAUGUUUAAAAUACCUAUGUAUUAUUAUUUCCAAAGACCCGUUUGUUGGCUUAGGGGGAAAAAAGAGUUCUCCAUUUUACGUUUUUUAGAGUGAAAAGGAAGUAUGUGAACCCUAAGCCAAAUCCUUCUUUAUAUGGUGUAUUUUAAAAGGUCUGCAGUCUUCAAAUAAUGCGUUCACCUUU